AGUGCUAACCAGGGGCGGACUGACCAUUUGGAAACUCGGGCGCUGCCCGAGGGCCCGGGGUCAGUAGGGGGCCCCAUGAGAUGCCCCUGGUACCUUUUUCAUAGCCUUUUUUGAGUUUGGGCAAGGACACAGGGGCCCCAUGAUCCCCUAUUGCCGGGGGCCCCAUGAGUUGUCAGUCCGCCCCUGACAGGCAGUGGUGGGAAAUCCAAAAUGUUGAUUGUCAACAGAAAAAGAGGUGAGGACAAUCUUCCAACGGUAACACCUGUUUCAGUGACAACUGAGAGAGGAAUUACCCUUGACUUUGGAGAUUUACUUCCACAUCCUGUUACAUCUCAGCAAAAAAAAAAAGAAAAA